AUGACAGGAAGAGCUAGAGCCAGAGCCAGAGGGAGGCCUCCAGGACAGGAGACUGCUGUUCCUUCUGUAGGAGCUGCGUCUGCUCAACAGUCUUUUUCAAGUCAUCCAUCUGGUCAUCGGCAACCUCAACAGCCAAGCGUUCUGCCAACACUGUCAGAAGAAUUCGGUGGCCGUGGACGACAGAGAGGCCCUCAGAGUGUUCCAAAGCCUCCAGGAUUACAGAUUUCAGCCGGAUUUCAGGAGUUGUCUUUAGCAGAUAGGGGUGGACGUCGUCGGGAUUUCCAUGACCUAGGGGUGAAUACUCGGCAAGCCAUAGAACAUGUUCGAGAAUCAAAAACUGGUUCUUCAGGUAUUAUGAUAAAAUUAAUUGCAAAUUACUUUCGUCUGACAUCUCGACCCCAAUGGGCUUUGUAUCAGUACCAUAUUGGCUAUAAUCCUGAGAUGGAAGCACGCCGUCUUCGAUCAGCUUUGCUCUUUCAGCAUGAAGAGCUAAUUGGAAAGACACAUGCGUUUGAUGGAUCAAUAUUAUUCUUGCCAAAAAAACUAGGGAAUAAGGUUACUGAAGUGUUUAGUAAGACUCGAAAUGGAGAAGAUGUGAAGAUCACAAUCACACUGACUAAUGAAUUGCCACCUAGUUCACCUACAUGCCUGCAGUUUUAUAACAUCAUUUUUAGAAGGCUUUUGAAGAUGAUGAAUUUGCAGCAGAUUGGACGUAACUAUUACAACCCCAAUGACCCAGUCAGCAUCCCUAAUCACAGGUUGAUGGUUUGGCCAGGCUUCACAAGUUCUAUUCUCCAGUAUGAGGAAAGCAUUAUGUUAUGUGCAGAUGUGAGCCAUAAGAUUCUUCGCAGUGAAACGGUGUUGGAUUUUAUGUACAGUCUCUAUUACCAGGUUGAAGAGCAAAGAUUUAGAGAUGCCUGCGCUAAAGAACUGAUAGGUCUAAUUAUUCUUACAAAGUACAACAACAGAACAUACAGAGUUGAUGACAUUGACUGGGAUGCCAAUCCACAGUGUACUUUUAGACGAGCAGAUGGCUCUGAGAUCAGCUAUGUAGACUACUACAAAAGGCAAUAUAAUCAAGAAAUUACUGACUUGAACCAGCCUGUCUUGAUCAGUCAGUCUCGGAGGAAGAGAGGAAGCAUGAUAUCAGGACCUGUGGUUCUAAUUCCAGAGCUGUGCUACUUAACAGGAUUGACUGAGAAGAUGCGGAAUGAUUUUAACAUGAUGAAAGACUUGGCCAUUCAUACACGACUGCCACCUGAGCGAAGGCAAUGUGAAAUUGGAAGACUUAUUGACUACAUCCAAAAAGAUGAUGGUGUUCAGAAGGAACUCCGGGACUGGGGUUUAAGCUUUGAUUCUAACUUGCUAUCCUUUACGGGAAGAGUUGUUCAAUCGGAAAAGAUCCUUCAAGCAGGAAAUGUGUUUGAUUACAAUCCUCAGUUUGCUGAUUGGUCAAGGGAAACUAGGGUAGCUCCCUUAAUCAGCGCAAAGCCUCUGGACAACUGGUUAUUAAUAUACACACGGCGCAACUAUGAUACUGCGAAUACAUUACUUCAGAAUCUGUUUAAAGUCACACCAUCUAUGGGAAUCAGAAUGAACAAGGCAACCAUGAUUGAAGUGGAUGAUAGAACAGAAGCUUACUUACGGGUUUUACAGCAAAGUAUCACUCCUGACACAAACAUAGCAGUUUGUAUUUUGUCUAGUUCCCGAAAGGAUAAGUAUGAUGCUAUAAAGAAAUACCUCUGUACGGAUUGUCCCAUUCCAAGUCAAUGUGUGAUUGCUCGCACUUUAAGCAAGCCUCAGACUACUCUGGCCAUAGCGACAAAGAUUGCCUUGCAAAUGAACUGUAAAAUGGGUGGAGAACUUUGGAGUGUUGAGAUCCCACUGAAACAGGUAAUGGUUGUGGGAAUUGAUUGUUACCAUGACACUUUAGCUGGGAAGCAGUCAAUUGCAGGAUUUGUCGCUAGCCUGAAUCAAACAAUGACACGGUGGUUCUCACGCUGUGUUGUUCAAAGUCGUGGGCAAGAACUUGUGGAUGGUCUCAAAGCUUGCUUGCAAACUGCUCUAAGAGAUUGGUUCAAGUGGAAUAAGUAUUUGCCCUCUCGUAUUAUUGUGUAUCGGGAUGGUGUAGGAGAUGGACAACUACAUACUUUGGUUAAUUACGAAGUGCCUCAAUUUCUGGAUUGCUUAAAGACUGUUGGCAAAGACUACAAUCCAAAACUUACUGUGAUAGUUGUGAAGAAACGAGUGAAUACCAGAUUCUUUGCACAGUCUGGUGGAGGACUUAAAAACCCACCCCCUGGUACUGUUGUUGAUGUUGAGGUUACCAGACCAGAAUGGUACGAUUUCUUUAUUGUGAGUCAGGCAGUGAGAAAUGGCUGUGUUGCACCCACUCAUUAUAAUGUGAUAUAUGACACUAGCAAACUGAAACCAGAUCAUGUGCAACGUUUAACCUACAAACUUUGCCACAUGUACUAUAACUGGUCGGGUGUUAUCAGAGUACCUGCUCCUUGCCAGUAUGCCCAUAAACUGGCUUUCCUUGUAGGUCAGAGUAUUCACAGAGAACCAAACCUGUUGCUUUCAGACAGACUUUAUUAUCUUUGAAGUUGAGAUAUCAGCUAAAAAACAAAGUGCAGUUCCUUUCUAGAGAAUAUACAAUUGUAUGAAUUUUUGUGGUUUUGUUGUUUUUAUUUUUUCUUUGAGACACGUGGGGUGAUGAGUAUGUGCAGUUGUGGAACUUCAUCUUCAUUGUAGCAGGAAAAAGGUUGAGGUAGCAGAUCUGCAUUUUGAAUAAAAAACACAAUUUUCAAUAUUUGUUGACUGAGGUGUUUUUGGGAUUCUUCUCAAAAUAUUAUCAGUACUUAAUUUUAUUUAUGGUUUUGGUGAAGUUUGCUACGGAAUUAUUCUUAGCUUACAAGAUACAUAGUUAUGCUGACCAAAAUCCAAGCUUCUUCAGUUAGCACAUUAAUCUUCUAAUUUCAAAAAUGUGAUUGUUGUUCCCUUGCUUUCUUGGCUGUUAAAAUAAGAGCAAAACUAUCUAUCUUUUAACUAUUUCAUAUCAUCCACCUCUUAAAAAGAGAAAUUGUUUUGCUGUUUUUGGUUAUUGAGACAUUAAAAUUGCAAAGUGCUGCAAAAAAAAAACUAUGGAUGGGUUUUUAAUGCUUGCCCUUGUAAGUGAAUCACAGAGAAAUCAGAAACUGUCUUGUGCUCAUGUGUCUGCCUAAGAAUAGAGGGAAAUGAAGUAGGAUUUCUCAAACUGGCAUAGCUAAGGAGGGAGCUCUGAGUAUACCAAAGCUUUGGGAAAUGUCGGAUGCAAAAUUACUUUUGUAUCUUACUACAACUCUAGAACACCUUUAUUAUCGAUGACUACAGGAUUCACUCUACAAAAGGAUGGAUUUCACUAUCUUGAAUGAUCUUAUGUGGGCUUGGUGGCUUAGCACAGACUAUUUUAUUGAUAUACUUUUACGUAGUCGUGCAACUUCAUGUUAACUGCAGAGUGAAUAAAAGAUUGUUAUAGACAACUGCAGAUUUUAACUGGAAUGAACUAAGUUUUGUGGUUAACAUUGUUCGUUUUUCUCAUUUAGCAAGCAUUCAGUUCAUUUCCAGUGAAGAUAUCAGUGUCUAUGUCAGCACUGACUUGCGUUUAAAAAAUAAAAAUA